GUGAAGUGCACGAACUGCCGUCACUGCCGCUCAUGGACUGGUUUGCCGAAGAUCUGGUCGUUGACGCUGAGCUGAAGGCGACGCAAGCCUCUCAGACGCAGCAGCGAUGUCGACGUCAGAUUGCCCACACUGGCUGCGUCUACAUCCUCCGGUACUGCAUGCACGAACACAUACAGACAUAUACACACCCAACACGUCACCCAACCAUCCCUUCCCUCACUCACCUGUGAUGCUGAUGAUGAGCAACCCAACCGGCGGCAGAUUGUCCGCUUUGUCACCCCACGUGAUGCCCUCAGCUCCCACAUCCUCCACCCCCAGAUUCGCGUACGUCAAUUCGCUCUCGACGCUGGCCUCGAGCACACGUAGGGCCUGGCUGGCCGUCACGCCACGACAUAUCAAAUCGGCGCACUUGAGUUUGCUGGCCAGCUGGCAGGCGAUCCGGCAGCCGAGGCGGCUGGACAGCGUCAGCCUGCAUUCAGCCCGAGGGAAGCAAUCGGGCAGGGCUGAGAUUCCUGGUCGGCCACGCCGCAUCAAAUAUGUCUCUGAGGACGAGGAUUGGGAGGCCCUCAAGAGAAGCCACACACCCACCACGCGUCAAGACGUUCUGAAAGCAAGCAAACAAGUGUGCAAGUAAAAAGGCACGCGACACGCUGACUGCAUUUGGUUUACCUUGAGCGCAACAAAUGCACUCCAAAUGAGCCCUGGAUCCCCCUCGAGCAUCAGAGUGCCGAUGCUCGCCAGCCGUGCAAAGGGUUGCCCGUCCUCAACGCCGUCGCCCGACCACUUCGCCGCAAAGGACGUGAAGAGCGCUGCCUUCUCCUGAGGAGCUGCAAGGCCUGGCAAGUGGGUCGGCGUGCGAGUAGAGUGGCGGAAGAAGUGCAUCACGCCUGCCGAAGAACUCUCUGACAGGUAUCCCGGCGCGAAAGUGAGGGAUUCAAGGGAUGGCAUUCUCGACAGCUGCAGUAGCUUCUGCUUGGAGAAUGCAAGUGUUUGGAGCCGUCCUUCAGUCCGCAGGUUUCUCGGCUCGACAGUGCCACCCGAGACCGUGAGCUCUCUGCUGUCCCUACGCUGAAGAGCCUGAAGAAACAGAGAUCAAGAGCGAGCACAUCUGCAGGUCAUGUGCAUUGUCUAUGCGUACCAGUGGCGAGUCUCCGCCCUGUGCUCCGGAACAAUCCUUGUCAAAGACACCAGCCAGAUGGGAGACGUCCUGCAUUAAUGCCAAGGACACGCAAUGAUGGACAAGGUGAGUGAGUGGAGCUCGCCAUGUCGCCAUGGAUUCAUCGUAAGCGUCUUUUGGUCUGUGUGUGUCUCUGCAUACCUCUGUUUUGGUUUGAAGUCGCCAAAUUGUCUGUCUGUCUGUCUCAGUCGGCAGGAGGGAACCCAGGUCCAUCACCGUGGGUGAGAGGAGAGAGCUAAUGUUCGGGGCUGACAUAUAUGGUCGGCAGAGGGUGGAGUGGAAGUUCUCAAGAGAAGAGAUCAAACAUUUCUGCUGGGAGGCUGAUUGAGAGGUCCUCAAGAGAUGUCGCACAUCCACCACGCGUCAAGACAUCCUGUAGAGAAAAAGAAGAAAGGGCAUUUUUUGAUCACGGGUAUAUCAUGCUCAAAUGGGAGGGAGGCAAGAAUCGAUACGCUGACUACACUUUGCAACCUACCUUGAGCUCCACCAUUGCAUUCUCAGUUUCCAAAGGAUCGCUCUUGAGAUCCAGACUGCCGAUACUUGCCAGCCGUGCAAAUAGCCUUCCAUUCUCGCCUCCAUCGCCGCGCCAGUUUGCCGCAAACGACUUGAAGAGCGCUGCCUUCUCCUGAGGGGUAUCCAAGCCAGGCAAGUGGGUCGGUCUGCGAGUAGAGUGCUGGAAGAAACGGAUCACGUCCGCGGAACCAACAAAGCCUGACAGAUCUUCCGGCACGAGAGUGAGGGUUUCGAGGGAUGGCAUCUCGAAGCAGUCAGCAAGACCGAUGGCAUCAGACGGCAGGUUGACGAUGCUGGUGAGAGCGUGAAUAUGGGGGAGAGGGCCACGCUGGCCGCCCUCACAUGGGAAGUACCCAUUGAUAGUGGUCAGGCUCCCGUCGGGAAGUAGAGCUGAUGAAGCAGGGUCUCGGCCUGACUCCUCCGCAUCACGCCGCUUCGUCUCGAUCAUCUCCCUGCGCCCCUCAACGUGUCCUUGCAACAGCGAGUUGAGAUCGUCGAAGCGCCGCGACCGGCGGUCGCGACGAACGGUCAGUGUGGUCAGGUUCGUCAGGCGCCUGCCCCACUGCAUGGCCUCCCGCUCUGAUAUCUCAAGUUUGUCUCUGAGGAAGGCCUCCCCCGCGGAGGUGUCGAUGACCACAUGGCGGUAGUGCGGGGUCACAGCUGCGACAAGCUCCUCGGGAAGGGCGCGGACGCACCACAU